AUGCUCACACCACAAUCAACUUCAGGCAACACGGCCAUUGAGAGUGCCAGUGCCGACAAGGACGUCGCGACCUUGAAGCAAGUCCAGGCCAAACAGAAGCAGGUGGAAGCACUCCAACAGAUCUUUCAAGAGAUCGAUCGCGACCAGGAGAACGAAGUCAGCUUCGAGGAUGUGAAGACCGCCAUCGCCAGCGGCGAGCUGGCGGAUUUCUUGGAGUCGAUCGGUAUUUCCACGAACGACGUUUGGACCGGUGGACGGUUGGGGUGGGCACAGUGCCUCCGGACUUCUCGUACCUUGAGUCCUUCGGACACGACCUUUAAAAGGUACGAGCGGGACGCGACCUGCGGGGUGGGUGUUUUUCCCGUGUUUUGUGUGUGUGUGAUGGUUUUUUAA